AUGAAUUCAUUGCAUCUCUGUGGUCAAACAUGAGUUACUGAUUAGUGGCUUGGCAGAGAUAGUCGUUUGGAAGAGAUACAGUGACUUUAAGAAACUGCACAAAGAUCUCUGGCAAAUUCAUAAAAACCUAUGCAGGCAUACAGAACUCUUUCCACCUUUUGCCAAAGCGAUAGUAUUUGGGCGAUUUGAUGAAACUGUGAUUGAAGAAAGAAGGCAAUGUGCUGAAGAUCUGUUGCAGUUUUCUGCCAAUAUCCCUGCUCUCUAUAACAGCAAACAGCUUGAAGAGUUUUUUAAGGGUGGAGAAGUGCAUGAUGGGUCUGAACUGAUUGGUCCUGUUGAGCCUCUGUCCGACUCUCUGACUGACAACCUGUCUGACUGCAGCUCUGAAGUUCGAAAGGAUUUGAGUGGGCUUGAUGAUGUGACACUUACAAGCCAAUCGGAAUGUGGAGGCCUCUCCAGUGACAGUGACCUGAUCUCUCUGACAGUCGAUGUAGACUCUCUUGCUGAGUUAGAUGAUGGAAUGGCAUCCAACCAAAGUUCUCCCACUAGAGCUGUCGGCCUUUGCCUUGCUGCCGAACCCCCAGUACAAAGCACGCUGGCACCUGAGCAGGAGUGGAGCAAACACGAAGGAGAGAGGGAAAGCCAUAGUUUGUUUACUGGAAACUUAAAACCCAAGCCCAGCAAACAAGAUUAUCUGGAGAAAGCAGGUGAUUUGAUAAAGCUGGCCUUGAAGAAGGAGGAGGAAGAAGACUAUGAAACUGCCCUCAGCUUUUAUAGAAAGGGGGUUGAUCUGCUUCUGGAAGGUGUUCAAGGUGAAUCAAGUCCAACUCGGCGAGAAGCAGUGAAAAGAAAGACUGCAGAAUACCUUAUGCGUGCUGAAAAAAUUUCCAGUCUCUACCAUAAAUGCUCUGAAGAUGCAUCUAUUUCUAUGCCUCCAGGAUCACUAAGUUCAAGGCCCUCUUGGAACCUAAGGAGCCCUGCCGAGGAACUGAAGGCCUUCAGAGUCCUUGGGGUGAUUGACAAGGUUUUGCUUGUAAUGGACACUAGAACACAGCAGACUUUUAUAUUGAAGGGUCUAAGGAAAAGUAGUGAGUACAGCAGGAGCAGAACGACCAUCAUCCCCCGCUGUGUGCCCAACAUGGUGUGUCUGCACAAGUACAUCAUCUCCGAGGAGUCUGUCUUUCUCGUGUUACAGCAUGCAGAAGGAGGAAAACUGUGGUCUUAUGUCAGUAAGUUCUUAAACAGAAGUCCUGAAGAGAGCUUCGAAAUUCCUGAACCCAGAACAUCCAGUUCAACUAAAAUUUACCUGGAGCAGCCAACACCAAGUCCUAAAGAAAUUGGUAGCAGCUCUGAGUCCAGAGAAAGCUACAGGGAGAGCACGCUGAAGGUGGUCCCGCUCCAAAGCAGCCUAACGCCGAGCUCUCAGGAUGACAGCAGCAACCAGGAAGAUGGCCAAGAGAGUUCCAAGUGGAUGGACUCAGGAUCCAGCUCAGAAGAAGAAUGCACUACUAGUUAUUUAACGUUAUGCAAUGAAUACGGGCAAGAAAAAGUUGAUUCUGGCUCUCUAAAUGAGGAACCGGCGGUUAAACUGGGGAGUGAAGGUCUAAAUACCAAAGAGAGAAGUUGCUUACAGCAAUGUGGUGUUGUUGGCAGUGAUAACUUCAGCUGUCAGAUUGCAUCUCAGGAACGAAAGCUUUUCAUUGACGACGCUGAGUCGGAAAUAGCUAGCCCUACUAGGAUAUUGGACUCGUUAACUAAAUCAAAGAACAGCCCCAUGGAACUCUUCAGGAUAGACAGCAAAGAUAGCACUAGUGAGCUCCUGGGGCUUGAUUUUGGUGAAAAAUUAUAUAACCUGAAAUCGGAGCCUUUGAAGCCGUUGUUUUCUGUCCCAGACCAUGACAGAAGCUUGGAUGCCGUAGAGAGCAAAAUGGGUGUGAAAGCUCAUGACACCAUAAGCAGGGGUUCCAACGACUCUGUGCCAGUUAUCUCCUUUAAGGAUGCUGCUUUUGAUGAUGUAAAUAGCAUUGAUGAAGGAAGGCCUGAUCUCCUAAUAAACUUACCUGGUAUGUCUGAUGAAAUAGAAGAGGCAGCAGAGUCAAGGCCAACAAAGUUUACAAAAACUGAUAGGGACAUGUUGGAAGUAAAGUUACUAGAAACACCUGAUGUCUUACAGUUAAAUAAUUCUUCAGAGCCAUGCAAAGCAUUUGAUCAAGAGCCAAAUCAUGUGGCACCGGAAGCGGACGAUCCUUUGUGCGAGGAAGCAAAUGGACAAAGCGGUGUCACUCAGGGAGCUCUUGGGACCCUCUUUACAUCUGACCAAGAGGUAGGUAGUUCAGAAGACGGAGCUCUGUUUCAAGGGCUUGGAGCCUGCUCCUUGAACGUGACAAGUGAAGACGAAAGUUUAUUUCUUUCCAACCCGCUCUCAGGUGCUCAGGAUGUUAGCGUGGACAGAGACGCGUUAAGAAAUGAAGCAGUGUUGCUGUUUUCCGAUCAAACUGAAGACUUUGGCAAAGAGGAAACAGACCCGGCUUUGUUACCAGCAGCUGAAAGUAAAAAGACAGCACCAAAGAGGGAAGACAAAAUAGCAGUAGCAGGGGAGAAGGAAAUACAUCAAAUUUUUCAGGACCUCGACGAAAGAUUAGCGAUAACCUCCAGGUUUUAUAUCCCAGAGGAUUGCAUUCAAAGAUGGGCAGCUGAAAUGGUUGUAGCCCUUGAUGCUUUACAUAGAGAAGGAAUUGUGUGCCGCGAUUUGAACCCAAACAACAUCUUAUUGAAUGAUAGAGGACACAUUCAGCUAACGUAUUUUAGCAGGUGGAGGGAGGUUGAAGAUUCCUGUGACAACGAUGCCAUAGAGAGAAUGUACUGUGCCCCAGAGGUUGGCGCUAUCCUAGAAGAGACAGAAGCCUGUGACUGGUGGAGCCUGGGUGCCAUUCUUUUUGAACUCCUCACUGGGAAGACUCUGGUUGAGUGCCAUCCGUCGGGAAUAAACACUCACACUUCUUUGAGUAUACCAGACCACGUAUCAAAGGAGGCCAGAUCAUUGAUUCAGCAGCUUUUGCAGUUUAAUCCUGCGGAGCGUCUUGGUGCUGGUGUUGCUGGUGUCGAAGACAUCAAAUCUCAUCCAUUUUUCGCCCUUAUAGAAUGGGCAGAUCUGCUGAGAUGAGAGCUGCGUGCCCUCUGAACAAACUCAGGUCAAGUGGACAAGUUUCUCUGACAUAGAAGCACCCUGACUUGCUUCCUUUGGAUAUCCCAAUCGAUUUGGAUGUGGUGACUAAAGGACCAAAAGUGAACACUUUUAACAGGGAACACUGGUUGUACAGGGUGCUAGCUUAUUUUUACAGCAACUGGUUGCUACGUGUGUGUAAGCCUUUUCACCAAAGGGUGGUUUGUGAUGAAAUUCCUGGGCAGCAUGUUUAGUGCUGCCAGCUUGUUGACUAGAAACAGGACUGUGCUCCUGGUGCUUUGUCUGAUGAUGGAAGUGUCUAUAGACUGUGCCGGUUGAAAGUGUCUUUUAUAGUGUCAAUAGACCAUUUCCCUAUGCUAAGUGCAGCUCUGGGGGG